CCUUUAUUAUGCUGCCUGGUUUCUGUUCCACAGUAGAAAGUUUGACAAGGCCCGCGAGUAUAUUGACAGAAUGCUCAAAAUGAAUACAACCAAAGAUGGUUUGGUGUUGAAGGGAUGGAUUGAACUCAACAGUGGCCGAGACCCCAAAAAAGCCAUAAAAUAUUUUGAUGAUGCAAUUGCUAACGAGGGAGCCAGAGAUAUUGAUGCCUUGUUUGGGAAAGCUAAAUAUUUUGAAGUGCGCCAUAACUACACUGGGGCACUGGAACUGGUGAAUCAGGUGAUUGUUGGGUAUCCCUGCCUUCAUUCCUGCCCUUGUAGAGAAGAUGAAGCUACAGCUGGCUCUGCAGGACUGGGACCAGACUGUGGAAACUGCACAGAGAGCCCUCGGCCAGGACAUGCACUGUCUAGAAGCUCUGCGGUACCAGACCCUGUACUUGUUGUGUAGAGAAGGAAAUUACUCUGAGGCUUCUACAAAACUCGGUGACAUAAUAACAACCCUAGACAGAUCUGAACCAAGGAGUGCUAACCUCUAUCACAGUAUGGCCCAAACAUUCUGUAGGAUAUGCGGGAGGAACCAGCUGGUCUUACAACAGACUUACACAUUAAUGGAACGUUGUGUUCAACAAAGUCCUGAUACUGCUGAGUAUGUAAACGAGCUUGGCUUUCAGCUACUGCUACAAGGCAAGGUUAAAGAUGCCAUGAGAUGUUACAGAAACGCCAUGAAAAUGGAUGAAACUAGUGUGGCUGCUCCUACAGGGAUCAUCCGGUGUCAGCUUCUGGAAGAUCAGUUGGAUGAGGCAGCUCAACAGCUGGAGUUCCUUAAUGAGAUACAGCAAAGCAUUGGCAAGUCAGCAGAGCUAUCAUACCUGAGUGGACUUCUAGCAAUCAAGCGUCGUCAAGGACCAGAGAAAGCCAUUGAACUGCUCAAUUCUGCCAUAGAAGUUCACUUCCAAGGACUGAAGGGAUUCCCUCUUGGAAAUCAUUAUUACCUGCUUCUGAACCCUGACUUCCUACUACAGAUCAUCAA